AUGAGCGCCCUCCAGGAUCAGCUCAAGCAAGUGGAGUCUGCCGGCCUCGGUGAGGCCGUCCGCAGUCUCGAGUCCAAGAUCCGGCGCGCCCAUGUGCAAGUGGGCGAAGCAGUGACGAAGGUGAAGGCGCUGAUCCCGCAGGUCAUGCGGGUGCAGAAGGAGAAGCAGUCUGAGCAGAGGGAUGAGAAGCUGCUCAAGGAGAUGAUGGCCGCCAUCACCGAGAAGUUUCACGCGGCCGAGGACUUGGCUGAAAAGGCGGAGAUUACCUCGGCGAUGAUCGAACACGCUGGGGAAGACCUGAACGAGGCGCAGAAGGCGGCACAGCAGACGGAGGAGUCCGCAAAGCAGGCUGCUGCUGCUGUCAAAGAGGCGCUGACUGCCAUCGGCCUGAAACUGGGCAUGCUGAAGAACUUCGAGAGCGACCAGGGCCGGCUCAAGGCCACUGACGCCCUGGGCAGCUUUCGGGAGAAGCUGCGGGUGGCGAACCAGAAGUUGGUGCCCUUCCUGCAGGCCCAGGAGACCUUCAAGGCACACGCGGAGGCGAAAGCCUUGUCAGACGAGCUGGAGGCAAGACUCGCGCCCGCAGAGGUGGAGGUGGACAAGGCGGAGCAGGUGGCGGAGCCUCUGCUGAGCUUCGCAGAGGCCGCGUUGGCCGCCGGGCAAGCGGCAGCUGAGGCCACCGCCACGCCCAAAGCGAAGGCCAAGAGCAAUCAGAAGGACAAGGAGCCCCAGAAAGCUGCGACCAAGCAGGUGCUCCCGCCGCCGGAGGUGGUGGCGCAGGCCGGAAAGAUCGCUACAGAUGCCGCAGCGACCCUGCAAGGGGUGAUGAAGAUGUUGGACCAGAAGCGAAGCUCGGCACGCCUUUGGUCGGGUGCGAAAGCUCGACUCGCGGAAGCCAACGCCAAGGUGUGGGAAGACUAG